ACCUUGAGGAAAAGCGGACGCGCCCAGUGCGCGGCCCUUCCCCUCCCACUGAGCGCUCCUCGGACCAGAAGGCACGCCCACUGACCCCCCAGGGCGCUCCUCGUUUUACCUCAGCGAACACGCCCCCUCCUCUAGGUCAGUGGGAUGUCGGGAAUUGUAGUUAUGCCCCCGGAUCACGUGACGUGGAACGCGGAAGUAGCCGGUGAUUGCAGUGGUUGGAAUAUUGUGGUUUGAAGGAUGAGCGGCGGCCGGAGAGGGGGACGAGGAGCCGGGAGAGCGCCGCCUAAAGUGGCCCCCUUUCUCCUGGGUUUACCCGACGAUGGCGACUCUGACGAUGACACGGGUUUGGAAGCCGAGCUCCUGGCCAUCACAGGAGGAAACAAAGCAGCCAACAAACAACAACCCAAAGGAAAGACUCCGCUCCCCAUGGAACACAUCGAACGAAUGGCAGCUCUCUGCAUGAAGGAUAUAGAUGAGGGGGAUGUUGAUGAUGACAUUAUGGAUGAUGAUGAAGAUUUAUUGGCAGAACUGGAUGAAGUCUUGGGAGAGGAAAAGGAGGAACCUCCGAUUGUAUCGCCUCCUACAAAGAGCACUCCUUCCUCAGCGGGCGGGAUCGAGGGUACUUUGGCGGAGCGUCUGGCCAUGUACAAAGAAGCUCUGGCCAAUGCCAAGCAGUCAGGGGAAGGGACCAAAGCGAGACGAUAUGAGAGAGGGGUUAAGACCUUAGAGGAUUUGCUGCGUACCGCUAAAAGGGGCGGAUCCGUGUCACCUGACGACAUCCCUCCCCCCGUGGCUGUGGGAAAGAGCACCAGUUCUCCUGCGACUUCACCUACUGCUGCUGUUGUACCAGAUCUUCCCGUAAAACCCACUCCACCUGCAAAUGGUUUACCCCCUCAACCCCCUGUAUCAGCCAGAGCUCCUCCCCCGGUACCUGCCAAACCUCAGAGUCUCCCACAGCCUGUCACCUUGUCUUUGCCAGCAAAAUCAUCCGCACCAGUCACUCCCAUCACGCCACUCACUCCAAACAGCAUGUUGGCAGCAACCUCAACGCCAGCCAGUCCAAGUCCAGUAAUUGAUGGAAACAAAGGACGGGUCCUGGAGCGCCAGAGACAGUAUAAACUGGCAGCACUGAAGAGCAAACAGGAAGGAGAUGCAGAACUGGCCAGCAAGUAUUAUCGUAUUGCAAAGUCCCUUGACCCCAUGCUCUCCGCGCUGGAUUCCGGACAGCCAGUAAACUUGAACAGUCUCCCUCCUCCUCCUCCACCAGCAGAUGAGCAACUGUCCAGUAAGCCGUCGGUCCCCCAGUCUCCAGUUGGCACAGAGUCUCCGGUCUCUGCAGCUCCUCCUGCACCUCCUAAGGACCUCUUGGAGGCCUUGCAGCAGAGGAUGGAAAAAUAUCGCAGUGCAGCAGAGCAGGCAAAGGAGAAGGGUGAUGAUCGCAAGGCGCGGAUGCACGAACGUAUUGUGAAGCAAUACCAAGAUGCCAUUCGUAGCCACAAGGCCGGGAAGCCAGUCAAUGUAGCUGAUCUACCGGUGCCACCAGGGUUUCCUCCAAUCGAGGGAUCGAAUGCUGCGCCUGCAGACCAAAGUCUGGUAGGAGUGUUGGAGACGGCCAUGAGGUUGGCCAAUCAGCAGGAGGGAGAUGGCGAUGAUGACGAUGAUGAUGAGGAAGAUGAGACAGGGAAAUCCUCUUCUAUUGCACAGAAGCCUGUUCCUCGGCCCGGAGCAUUGACACAACCACAGUCUACAGCGCCCAAGACCUCUCCUUCCAAAAGCCCCAAAUUGUCUGGAAAAGCUGGGCAGCAGCUGCAGUUUCUGGAAGGAAGAAGGAAACAGCUUAUGGCAGCUGCCCUCCGUUCCAAACAACACAAAGACAUUGAAGGGGCCAAGAUGUACCUACGCCAAGCCAAGGGCCUGGACCAAAUGCUGGAGGCAUCACGUGGUGGACUGCCUGUGGAUAUCACCAAGGUACCCCCUGCUCCCGUUAGCGAGGGCGAUUUCAGUCUGGACCCAAAGAGGAAAGGUGCCGCCUCAGCCCAGAAUGGUGAGAAGUACAACAAGAUCAUGGAGCAGCUCAAGAAGCAGCAUGAGAUGUGUACAUCUUCCUCUCAGCAGUUCACCCAUAUGGGAAACAUUACAGAGACGGCAAAGUAUGAGAAAUUGGCAGAGGAAUGCAUGAAGUAUAUAGAGAUUGUGAAGCAGGCACACGUGCGUGGCCUACCAGUGCCUCACUGUCACUAUGAGGAGCGUACUGUCAGCGUUGUCAAGGUUUUCCCAGACCUGACCGUUUCAGACCUUGUGCUGUAUGUGUCCAAAGCUGUGAAUUUACCCACACCCGCCGGAUCAUCUCAGAGUGAUAUGGACACCUUUGUUCGAUUUGAAUUUGCCUAUCCUAGUACGGAGGAAGCCCAGCGAGAUAAAACCAAUGUAAUAAAGGGGACCAACUCACCGGUUUUUAAGGAGAAGUUUAAGCUCAAUAUUAAUCGCAAUCACAGAGGGUUGAAGAGGGCGAUACAGGCAAAAGGAAUCAAAUUUGAAAUCAUCCAGAAAGGGGGACUCUUUAAGUCCGAUCGUAUCUUGGGUUCAGCGCAUCUAAAACUGGAAACUCUGGAGAGCAACUGUGAGAUCCGAGAUAUUCUGGAGGUGAUGGAUGGACGCAAACCUACUGGGGGAAAACUGGAAGUGCUGGUCCAAAUUCGUGAACCCCUCACUUCUCAACAACUCAGCAGCACCACCGAGAAAUGGCUAGUUGUGGAGCCCAUCGCUCUUCCUCCAGCGACUGUUCCAAAACCCAAACAGCCAACACCUAUUAAGUCCGGAGGCAGUAAUUCCGUAUCCAAUGCUCCAACUCUGCACAGCUUGAGCGUGUUGGCUUAUGAGAAAGAGAAACUGGAGAAGAAGGUUCAAGGCUACAGGCAGCAGCAGCGACCUCCCCCUGAAGACUUGGUGGCUCUCCUUAAUGAUGUCGGUCAGAGGGGUCAGCAGCAGAUACAGCAGCUGCGUAAGGGAGGACCUCCACUUCAAGCUGAAUACAUUCGGCAGCUGGAACGGUACCUGCAGUUUUAUUCCGACUCUGCCCGACGUCUUGGUCUAGAAGGAAACCGGGAAGGAGCCAAGGAGGCGUUGUACAAGAGAAAUCUUGUGGGGAACGAGCUUCAGAAAUUGACCAGAUGAAGAUAAUUCCAGAUGCUGAAUUCAUUGUUUACAUGCCCUUCUCCUAUAGAGAAGGGGGACUAGUGCCUUAUCACUCCCAUACAUGUGUCACCCUACGCAUAGAACUGGACCCCAUUGUCCCUGGCCGUCAGCAGGCUCGCUCAGGGGCAGAAAAUUAUUAUUGUUUAUAUUUGUAAUCCCCUGUAAAGGUGGUUGUCUGUUUUCAACAAGAUUAUCGCACCCCAACGCUACACAGGAUUAAAGUGUAUGUCCAGGCAUUACCUAAAUCUACCCCCAAACCCCUUUAUCCCUCUUUUAAAGUGGAUGUAAACCCUUGCAUAUACCCAGUGAAGUGAAGAGCCUCAGAUGAUACACAGGGAUGAGACAAAUCUCACUACAUAAGUUUUACAUGUAUAUCUGCUGUCUUCUGCUUUAUAUCUUUUUUUUUAGAAAGUUUAGAUGUAUUGGAUUUUCUCUUCUUGUUCAACACUGCAGUGAAGCCUGGGCAUACAGCCAAGACAGCUGAUUGGAGGAAAGGCACACAGCCCCUCUCCUCAUAGGUAGAGACUUUCAGAACAGUUCGCUUGAAUUGUUCAGCUCUGUGCUAAUCUAUUUAUAGCACCCUCCCCAACACAAAAUUCAGGCUGCUUUUAUCUCAGUUGACUGAGAACUUGU